AUGCAGAAGUUACUCGAUGAAAAACAAUCAAAAAAAUUUUCUUUAGAAGAAAUGCGUGUUAUAAAUGCAGUUCUAGACAUAUGGACCAACAUAUCGAGACGUUUUAAACAAAUACAGCUGAAUCUUGCAAUGAAGAUGGAUUCGGCUGAUUCAAAUACUCACUCUGAACAACCAGCUGGUGAUAAUUUGAAUGAUCUUUUGGGAGAACCUUUUCAGAACUCAGAGACUGCCACCAUAAAACUCUUUGAUGUGAACUCUUUUGACUCAAUUUUAUUUUAUGAUAACCCGAGUGAAUACAGUUGGGAUAAAAUGGGUGACUCCUAUAAUUUAGUUCACCCAAAAAAGCCAAAAAGUGCACUGAAAAAGUCAAAUGAUGAACCAAUAUGUUUAGAGAAAACAAACCUUUCAGGUGAAACAGAGACAAUAGUAUGGGAGCCAGUUUAUACAAUGAAUAAAUCUUUAAUGAAAUGUCUAGUUAACUUUACACUACAAACUCUUCAAGAUUAUGCUAACCAGCUACAACUCGGGUGUAAUCCAACCGCAGUUAAUCUAAUGAAUAGUCGUAAAGACUGUUUAAAACAAUGUACAAAUGGCUGGAAUACUGAAUAUUAUAAUUGUUUAAAUAUACUAUUACAAACGCCAGUAUUUGCUACUUCUGCUCAUGGCCCAUUAUUCAAUGUCUCUGAUAUAUCUAUAAGUGAUUUUUGGUGCCAUAGAGACCGAAAUAUACUUGAAGAACAGUUUAACCCAGGAUUUACUACACAAAAUAUGCUGUGUUCAUGGGGUGGAGCUGUUGGGACGGCAGCAGGACUGCCUAUGCCGCAAAUAUAUAUAAGCAGUUCCCUACAAACUUUUAUUGCAUUCAGUCUUGAAGUUCUUCUGCCCAUGAUACUGAAUCUCUUACAAGUUGAUACUGAUGAUAAACAAUCAAAAUCUCAUAUAAUCAAUUUAUUAUUGACUAUUUUAAAUGGACAUGGAAUAAAUACGUCAAUCAAAUGUGGAGAUGAUGACGAUGAUGCAGAUACUACUGUUAAUAAUGGUAGCAGUAGUACAGAAUUUGUUGGUUUAACCGCCCAGUUAAGCACCAUCACAUUAUCUGUUGAUUGGGAUUUAAGUGGAAUUGAAAGACUGGCGAUAUGCAUCUCUGAUUGUUUAAGUUUACGUGCAUUUUGUAGUUUAUUAGCUUCUGUAUUUCAAAAACCAAAUGAAUCCCUGUUUAAAAUAUCCAAGUUUAAUGGACAAGAUGAAAUAGCUUCUCUAUUCCUAGGAUGCGUAAAAGAAUACGACGUAUCAAUACGCCUACUGAGUGAACAAAUUACUGACAUAAGUUUAGUUUAUUAUUACAAAAUAGGCUUUACAAUCGGGGAAGAUCUAAAAUGCUUCAAUGAACUGAAAUUAUUACUACCAAAUCAUUUAAAAUUACAACCACUUCAAUCAGUGUUACCCAGUGAAUCAAAUAUCGAAAAUCUAAGUAAGCCUAUUCAUCUGAUGUGGUUUAUUCUGUCUAAUAUAUGGUCAAUAUUAAUUCAAACAUGUCCAAGUGGUUUAGCAAGACAAAUAAUGGCGCAUGUUAGUUCCAAAAUUCUCGAGUCUGCUGUUCAGCAACUUCAUAUCACUAAAACAAAAUCUGAUAUUGAUCAUUUUCAAUUUAGAGAUGGAUUAUGGUUUGUCCUCGGUAUUGCAAAAUUUUCACUGUAUCGAUCAGCUGAAACAAUUUCAGAAGUAUUAGGAUUAGGAAAUCUUUCAGUUGAACUGAAUACAAUACACACAACAGCAUUAUUGACCGCACAAAUGCUGAUAUCAUGUUAUACUCCAAAAGAUCUAUGGAACAAACUCCAUGAAGAAGGAUUUUACAGUCAAGUAUCAGGAGAUAAGAAUAAAACAUUUGACUUCAGUUUAUAUCCCAAUACACUUAAUGAAAGAACAGCCCAACAAACAGAACUGGAAAUAGAAAUCAAACUAUUAUCAGCGUCAGCUCAUUUUGACCCAGUUAGAAUAAUCAGUUUGUUAACUUCAUGGAACUACAAAAUAAGUUUGUUGAUACUUGAAUCACCAUAUCUGAAUGAAUCGAUGAAUUUGUUAACAACUGAAAGCAAACUUGUAGCACGUCAGGUAUUCAUCGCUAUAUCACGUAUACUAGAUGCAGUCCCGGAAUAUGCGGACUUUUUAGGCAAAGUUAUAGAAACGGCAGUUCCAAGGUCAGAAACUAAUAAAUUGUUUAGUCGAACGAAAUUAAAUCAUGAGGAAUGGCCCUUAUGGUUUACUGUACUAGUGGAACUAAUGACUGAACCUCUUGAAAGAGUAUGGAUUCAUUUCAAAGAAUUAAAGCAGCAGAGACUGGAAGAAGAUGAAUCCUUUCAAGAUCAUAAUUUAAGAGAUAAAUUGAACGAAAAUCCUGAAGUCAUAUUUGCCAACUAUACACCGAAAAGAAGAGCUUACUGGAAUGUCUUAUUUCCAUCAAAUCAAAUGCCAUGUGGAUGUUCGCUACCUGAACCAUUUCACUUUAAUAAUACAAAGAGACUAUAUAAAUGUUCAUCAAAUACUAUUGAUAACAGUGAUGGUAGUACAUCAACCACUUCAACUAAACAACAAUCAAAUAUUACCUUGAAAUUAGAAUCAGAACAAGAAACUAGUAAUUAUCUAAAUUAUUAUCAAAAAGGUGGAUGUAGUAAAGAGGCAUGGUUUGAACUGGUAUAUGACAUUAUACGCCUGCCCGUAAUAAACUGUUCAGCAGGUAUACAGUUGGCGUUAGCUAAAAUCAACGAUAUCGCUAUGAUGACAAAAGAUAAACAGAUUGAACAUUCACAGAAGAUAAACAAUGAUAGUAGUAAUUUAUUCUUUGGACAACAUUUUGCAAUACAUUUGGUAGUACUAUUUUUAAACUAUCGGAUACAUCAAGAGAUAGAAAGGAAGUUAUUCAACGGUGAAUAUGAAAACCAAGAAAAGUCUGCCAUUGAACGCUUACAAUAUCUGAUAUUAUUAGAGUAUCUAUGUUCCUUAUUAGAUGUGAAUGAUGAAAAUGAAGAAAUUCAUGCAUGUAAAAGGCGGACUAAGUCAUUUUUGGAAGAAAGAAAGUCUGAAGGAAGUGAUUCUGAAUCCUUUAUACCAGGGAAUUCGAGUAAAAUUUUCAAAAAUGUACAAAAUCUACGAUUUGUACAACACAAAGCUUUGCCAGAUUUAUUUUUUAUGCAUGAAUUCCUCUAUGCGAAUACAAUGUGGAUAAAUGAAUUAAUCCAGAGUCGAAGAAUCUCUGGUAAAAGCCCAACACAAAGUAAUCCAUGCUUUCAACUUGAUGAGACAUUUAAUCCAAGUGUUUAUUUCCAGUUAAAUGAUUCUACUGAGGAGAUAAACUGGGAGAAGGUAUAUUGCAUUAAUGUUGGGCUUCAAGAAUUAUAA